AUGCAUCUUGCUACCCUGCUUCUUGGGCCGCUUGCGGUUGCCGCGUCUUCGGUGCCGUACGAGCAGUACAUCUUAGCCCCGAAGACGAGAAAUUUAGUUCCAGCCUCCGUUCACAACGUGAAUGGCUCAGUGACCAACGCCGUCUCCCUGACUCGCUCUUCAGGGAAUGCCACUUUCCACGGAGUUUCCUCCGUCACAUAUGAUUUUGGAAUCAAUGUUGCUGGCUUAGUCUCCUUGGAUGUCGGAAGUGCUUCCUCUUCCUCUGCUUUCUUGGGAGUCACCUUCUCAGAAUCAAGCUUGUGGAUCAACGAACAAGCCAGCGAUGCCACUGGAGACACUGGUCUGGAUAUGCCUCUGUGGUUCCCAGUGGGUAAGGGGGCAGGGAAAUACACACCUGAAGAGAAGCACAUUCGCGGUGGAUUUAGAUAUCUCACGGUAGUGAGCAACACGACUGCCACUGUUCAGAUCCGUGGUGUUCGGGUCAACUACACUGCUGCCCCUGAUCAAGACCUCCGUGCUUACACUGGUUACUUCCAUUCGGACGAUGAAUUGAUCAACAAGAUCUGGUAUGCGGGUGCGUACACCAACCAAAUCUGCACGAUUAACCCGAAGCAUGGCAAUUCGCUUGUGCAUUUGUCGGAUGACAGCUCAAAGGAAAUCGAAUUGCCGGACACCGCCACCUGGUGGAACAACUACACGAUUACCAAUGGCAGCAGCACAAUUACUGACGGCGCAAAGCGUGAUCGUCUGGUCUGGCCUGGUGACAUGUCGAUUGCUCUAGAGGCCAUUGCUGUCAGUACUGGCGACUUGUACAGUGUUCGAACCGCCCUGGAGUCUCUAUUUGUCCUGCAAAAAGCCAAUGGCCAGCUUCCCUACGCUGGGAAGCCAUUCCUAGAUCUCACGAGCUACACUUAUCACCUGCACAGCCUGGUUGGUGCUUCGUAUCUGUAUCGCUUCUCGGGUGACAAGGAAUGGCUUUCGCAACACUGGUCUCAGUAUAAGCGAGGCGUACAGUGGGCUGUCUCGAGCGUGGACAGCACUGGUCUAGCCAAUAUCACUGCUAGCAGCGACUGGUUGCGUUUUGGAAUGGGAGGCCACAACAUUGAAGCCAACGCCAUUUUGUAUUAUGUUCUUCAAGAUGCUCAAAUACUUGCAAGCGAGCUCCAGGACACAUCGUCCGCUGCGCGAUGGAAGCACAUCGCAGGCAAUAUCAAGAUUGCCGCCAAUGAAAAGCUAUGGGACGACAAGAACGGACUUUACGUCGACAAUCAGACAACAACUCUUCACCCCCAGGAUGGGAACGCAUGGGCUAUCAAAGCAAACCUGACAAAUUCAACGAGACAAAGCACCAUUGUGUCCAACGCCCUGAAGGCACGAUGGGGCACGUACGGAGCACCCGCCCCAGAGGCUGGUAAAACCGUAUCCCCAUUCAUCGGUGGCUUUGAGCUUCAAGCACACUUCCUCGCCAAUCAACCCAACUCGGCUUUGGACUUGAUCCGUCUGCAGUGGGGUUUCAUGUUGAACGAUCCCCGAAUGACCCAGUCGACUUUCAUUGAGGGCUAUUCCACAGAUGGGUCUCUGCAUUACGCGCCUUAUGCCAACGACCCUCGUGUAUCUCAUGCGCAUGGAUGGUCCACGGGUCCGACCUAUGCGCUGACGGCAUAUGCGGCAGGCAUCCAACUCACUGGAGCUGGUGGCUCAACGUGGAGGCUUGCACCACAGCCAGGGAACCUUACCUCUGUCGAUGCGGGCUUUUCAACCACACUUGGAAAUUUCUCGACGAAAUUCCGCAAAUCUGGUGGGAGUUUCGUUCAAUUUUCUUUCGUCGCCCCUCUGAACACCACUGGAAGUGUAUCCUUGCCGGGUACCAAGGGCACUUUGGUGUCUCGGAGUGGUAAACGCGUCGUGCUAUCUCAUGGCUCAGCCACGGGGCUGAGCGGAGGUCGUUGGGAUCUCCGCGUUUAA